AUGAAACUAGGGCCAAAGAGAAUAAAGAAGAGAUGCUUGGUUUUUUUGGUUCUUUUGUUUAAUCUUCUGUUGAUUCUGUUUGUAAAACAUAAGAACAGGAUGGAUAUAACGAAUAAGGUAGACAUGGGCCGUCUGAGGUGGUUUGGGACAAGCACAAUGGUGGUGAACGGGUUGGAAAUGUUUCAGAAUGUGCGUUUUUCGUAUGCAAUAGAGGCAGGAGAUCUGAUUUCCAUAGAUGUUCAAGACCAGGGAGAUGUUGUGGAUUCGAUACUAAGCCGAGUAAAUACAGAGGUGAGGGAAGUGUUGCUGAUUGACGCGAGAAGACUCCGAGGGCUAAACCGCACGGUCUUUCCAAGGUUUAAGAGGGAAAGGGCAAGCCAUAGCCUUGGAGCGGACUACAUCGAGGAGUUGGCUAAAGACUUUAUAAGGAGAGUAAAUAAUGGAAGUGUUAAGUAUCCACAAGACAGUAGUGUAGCAAAGGAAUAUGUUAUAAAGCUGAAGUCAUUUACCAAGAAGCAAACUAAAGGAGAGGAUAGUAGUGAGAUCAUCAGGUUAGUAAACAAGGCGUUUCCGACAAUUAAUAUCUCCUUCUAUACAUACAUAAUGAUGAUCUUGCUCAACAUUCGGGAGGAGAUUGUAGACGAUUUUUAUGCAAUUGAGGAGUCCUUCAAAUGUAAUAGGAUUUACUCCAUCUCUAAUGAUAAAAUAAACCACCUUGGAAGAAUGAUCAUGAAAACACGAGUUUUUAGCGAUACGAUACCCAAACGAGAUGUGUGUGAUGUAUGCUGUAAAGUGUUUACCGGAGAAGAUCGUGCCAAUUUACAAAGACUCAUGUGCAAUGACAUUAUAUGCAGGAGAUGCUUAAAACAGUCCUUUUUGUACUUGUCUGAUGAGUUCUGUGUAAAGUGCAAACAAAAAUACGAUAUCUUAUCUGAUGAUUUCUCCAAGAAAUAUUUGAUUAGAUCAUAG